AUGUACUCCCGCCAGAACACCCAGUAUCCCGUCCCAGCACCCCAACCGCAACCUCCCCUCACGCACCAGAAGCAAGACACGCAGCCCGCGCUGCCGCCGCUGCCGCCCGUCCAGGACCAGCCCGCCAUGAAUCACCUCCCUCCGCACCAGCAGCAGCAGCCGCCGGUGCCUGUCUACCGGACCGACCAUCUGCAGCCCGUCGCCGGCACCAAGAACGGCAAGGUGUACCGGCUUGUGGUCGAGCAGCAGCCCAUCCGCGCGCGCAUGUGCGGCUUCGGAGACAAGGACCGCCGCCCCAUCACUCCACCGCCUUGUGUGCGCCUCAUCGUGUGCGAUGCGGCCACGGGCAAGGAGGUUGACGCCAACGACAUCGACAGCACCUUCUUCGUCCUGACGGUCGAUCUCUGGGAUGCCGACGGCGCCCGCGAGGUCAAUCUCGUGCGCCACAGCAGCGGCGCCCCUACUGUUAGCAUCUCGAGCAGCACUACGACCUCCUAUCCGCCGCCCAUGGAGCGCCCGCCCAUGUACAUGCCGCAGGUCAUGGCCGGCAUGCCGCAAGUCGACGCAUACGGAAGGCACAUGCCCCAGCCUGCCUAUCCCGCAGCUAACAUGCCUGCAUACAGCGGCUACCCAGCCCCCACUCAAGGAUAUCCCUAUGCUGGCACUGCCUAUGCCCCCAAUUCGAUGCCCAUGGCUCCGCUGCCCGCGCCCGCCUCCACUGUAGGCAUGUUCACCAGGAAUCUCAUCGGCAGUCUCUCGGUCAACGCUUUCAAGCUCACCGACACGGAAAACCAGCUCGGAUUCUGGUUUGUGCUUCAAGAUCUGUCAGUGCGAACAGAGGGCACUUUCAGAUUGAAAAUGAACUUUGUUGAUGUCGGCAAUGGUUCGGGAAACAACACUCUCAACACCGGUCGUGCUCCCGUUCUAGCCACCUGCUUCUCAGACCAGUUUCAAGUCUACUCGGCCAAAAAGUUCCCUGGCGUCAUAGAAAGCACGCCCCUCAGCAAGACCUUUGCAAGCCAGGGAAUCAAAAUCCCUAUCCGUAAAGAUGGACCCAAAAACCUCAGCAAUCAGGCUGAGUAUGACAACGACGACUAA